AUGGCGCCGUUUGAAAACGCCAUUCCGUUUCGAUCUUUCCUUCUCUCAUACUUUCCUACAUUCACUCAACUCAAGAUGCGUACCUCAGUCCUACUCUUCGCUUCGUGCGCCCUUGCUGCCAGUCCCUUCCUGGAUGAACCAGACACUGGCAUUGAUGCGCAGUUCGGUGCCUUCGUCGCCAACAAGACACUCCCUCCACUAAACUCUUUGGUCGGUCUGCCUGACUUCCAAUGGGUUGGUCGCAACUUCAUGAACGCAUCAUCAUUCACAUACUACCGCAAUGGCGCAGCGGGUGAAUGGUCUUACCGCAACAACCUGGAAAUCUUCCAACGCUUCCGUCUUCGACCACGCUUCCUGACGGAUGUCACAAACGUCCCCAACACCAUGCCAACAACCAUCCUCGGCCACAACUUCUCCUCGCCGAUCUUCAUCUCGCCUUGCGCUCGCGGUGGAUAUGCCAACGACGCUGGUGAGGUAGGCCUCGCCAAGGGUGCUGGAGAGGCCGGCAUCUUGUACAUGCCAUCGCUUUACUCAUCCAUUCCCAUGGAAGACAUCUACGCCGCUCGCGCCAGCAAGGACCAAGUCAUGUUCCAACAGAUUUACCUCAACGGCAACUUGUCAUCAACCAAGGCGCUAUUUGACAAAGCCAAGUCACUGGGUGCCAAAGGUCUUGUCAUCACCGUCGACUCGGCUGGUAGUGCUAUCAGGCACCGGGCUGCACGCUACGGUGUCGGAUCAGCAAACACGCAGCUUACCAAGCUUACAUGGGAGGUGUUCCAACAGCUCCAGAACCUUACCGACCUGCCACUCAUCCCCAAGGGCAUCCAGACUGUUGAAGAUACUCAGGAGGCAGUCAAGCAGGGCGUCAAGGCCGUUUUCCUCUCCAACCACGGAGGUCGCCAGAUCGAUGGAUCACCAUCAACCCUCCAAGUCGCAAUGGAGAUUCACCAGCGCGACCCCGAACUAUUCAAGAAGAUCGAAAUCUACGCAGAUGGCGGUAUCCGAUACGGCACAGAUAUCUUGAAGCUCCUCGCUCUCGGUGUCAAGGCUGUUGGUGUCGGUCGUCCUUUCAUGUUCGCCAACAUCUACGGUGCCGACGGUGUCAAGAAGGCCGCUGAUCUCCUCAAGAACGAGCUCAUCAUGGACGCUGCCAACAUGGGUGUAUCCGAUCUGAAGAACGUCCCUCUUGACCUUAUCGACUGGAAGGCUGCCUCCCCCUGGGUUGGCAACGACCAAAUAUAG